GCCAGUACGUCACUUCCUGUUGCCACCUGUAAGAUGGCGUCCCUCAGUAGGCGGCUUGUCUGGAAUGUCUCUCGCCUUCUUAGGCCAAUUUUCCCAAUUGUCUAUAGGAGAUCCUUUGCAGACCUUUUUAAAGGUUCAUGGCGUCAAGUGCUUCCUGUUGGCUUAGGGACAAGUCUCUGUGCUAUUCCUGUGGGGCAGAGGUCGGAGCCAGCACUAUCAAAUGAAUCCCUAAUAAAAAGGGCCGUCUCUCUGGUAACAGACAGUACCCAGACUUAUCUGUCUCAGACUACAUAUGCACUUAUUGAAUCUUUUACAGAAUAUACCAAGGCUGUGUAUACACUUAUCUCAUUGCAGCAAAAAUAUACUUCUCUCUUGAAUAAAAUAAACUCUAGUGAAGAAAAUGCCAUCUGGCAGGUGAUCAUUGGGGCGCGUGUGCAGAUAAAGAAGCUGCAGGAAGAAUAUUUGAAAUACGAGGCCAACUGGACACGGGCUGUGCGCAUCUCUGAGAUGGCAGCAGAAGCGGCUUACCAAGCUGGUGCUGAUCAAGCUUCUGUGACAGUGCGAAAUCACAUCCAGCUGGUCCAGACACAAAUACAAGAGAUACGUGAACUUGCUCUUAAGGCAGAAGCCCUACUAACUACCAUUCAGUCGGAAGAAAUCAAGAAAGCACUUACAGAAGACACAAACAAUCCUCCUGGCGGUGGCAGCCCAAGAAGCAGCUUGUCAGACGAAGAAGUCCCAGAAGCUUACUUGCGAGAAGACUGAAUAAUUUUUUUCUUUAGUGUUUUCUCUUACUAACCUUUUCACUUGGAGCAAUCAGCAGUGCAAUGUGUUACUGCCUGUACUGCUGGGCAUGGUACAGAACCAAUGUUGGAGGUUAUAGGUGAAUGGAAGGCAGGUAAAAUACUUUAAAGAGAAACUCCCUCCAUAUAUAAAACACAACCCCUGGACGUGAAAAUGUU